AGCCCGCCGGGGCUGGCAGGCCCAGCCCCAGCCCCAGCCCCGCCUCUCCCCAGCGCGGGGGUGGCCGUGCCUCUUAUGCCGGGCCAGGGGCGGCGCGGCGGGGUGCCUGCUGCUGCCGCGGGCAGGAAAUGGUAGGUAGAAAAGAAUCCUGUGCCUCAGGACAGCUACCUAUGACCUACCUAAGCUGCCUUGCUUACAUACUGGAAGAAUGGACUGCUGUGGAGUACCUGAAGAAAUAUUUUUUCCACGUGGUCAUCAUCUCGGUGACAAUUAGUGCAAUGUUAAUUUUUUUUAUUGUUCCUUUAACAAUCCUCUGUUUCAUUUACCUUACUAAUGUUUUGCUUUUAAUAUAUCAGAGGAGUGAUGAGGUAAAAGCCACAAAAGAUCCCUUGAGUGAAGUUUGGGAUAGUGCAAGGAAAACUGUGGCAAGCUUUUGGGAUAUAUAUGCAAGAAUAUGGCAUGGUUAUGAACUUCAUGGUGUGGAAAACCUACCAGAAGGACCAGGCAUUCUUGUUUACUACCACGGAGCUAUUCCCAUAGACUACCUUUACUUUUUAUCUAGGCUGUUUCUCUGGAAGAAAAGACUUUGUCUGUCAGUAGCCGAUCAUUUUGUCUUUCGUUUACCGGGACUCAAGUUACUGUUAGAAGUGACUGGUGUUAUGCCAGGUACGAGGGAGGAGUGUCUCAGUGCACUGAAGAAUGGUCACCUGGUGUCUAUAUCACCAGGUGGAGUUAGAGAAGCACUAUUCAGCGAUGAAAGUUAUCAGCUCAUGUGGGGAAAUCGAAAAGGCUUUGCUCAGGUUGCUCUAGAUGCAAAAGUGCCCAUCAUUCCAAUGUACACUCAAAAUGUACGAGAAGGAUACAGGAUGUUUAAAGAACGAAGAUUUUUCAGAAAAUUGUAUGAAAGUACUCGAUUGCCAUUUACUCCUCCGUAUGGAGGACUUCCAGUUAAAUUUCGCACGUAUAUAGGGGAACCAAUCCCUUAUGAUCCAAAUAUAACUACAGAUGAGUUAGUUGAAAAGACAAAGAGUGCAGUUCAGGCUUUGAUAAAGAAGCACCAAACGAUCCCAGGCAGCAUAUGGAAGGCUUUAAUGGACCGAUUUGAUAGACAUCGUAAAAGUGAUUAGAAUGCUUAUGUUUAUUUCAUUGUUUUUACAAUAUAUAGUAAAAAACAAUGUCCUGUGGCAGUGAUGACUAAUUGGUGUUUAACCGGUUUAAUGUACAAGUUUCUACAGAUUCAACAGAAGAAAACAAUAACGUUUUGAAGGUUCCCCCCUGUAAGCUCUUUCAGUUAAUGGCUUUUGGAGGAUAUUCUUGAAGUCAGAAGGAGUGAGCCCUUGAACAAGAAAACUUGUGUAUAAUAGCAAUGCAAGUGCUAAAUUUACCAAGAAGAAAUCACGUAGCCAAUAUUUGACAGGUUCCUAAGAAAAAGGUAUUUACAUAUAUCUGAAAGUUUGAGAAGUUUUACCUAGUUCUGUGUUGUUGUUUUUUUCUGAGCUGUUCACUGUCCAGUCUCAGAAAAGUAUCUCAGAGUAGGUGUUGUCCCACUGAACUGCAGUCUAGCAGGCACUCUGUCAGUUACCUACCAAGCUAGACCUCACACAAGUGUGAGAAGAGAAAAUGCCUUUAGCUAAUGAUAUGUUGCUUAGAUCAUUUUUCUACAAAUGUAUGCAAAGAGAAAUAAUCCCAUUAAAACAGGUAUUAGACUCAUACAAAUAUAUCAGCUUAAUGGUUCACUAUCCUAGAAAGUAAGAAUUCUGCAUUCAGGACUUCCCUCUUAUGGGGGAGAAAAAGUCUCCCAUCCCGUUUUAUGUCCUCCUGCCCUUUUAUGAGAGAAUGAAACAAAUCUGGCUAACUCUAGGGAAGAAGUAAUACAGUAACAGAAAUACGUGGUUCAGAUUCCAACUACACUUUGAGGCAAAAUUUAGUUUAGCACUCUCAAAGAGAGUGGAAAAAAAGCUUCAGUUAAUUGUAGCACUUUGCAAAUACAUGUAGAAAGUACUUUCAAGUCUGUGCUGGUACAUUCAUGCAUUAUUGCACCAUGCAAUACUGAUUUAGCAGAUGAGGCUGCCUGUAGUUGGAGUGACUGCGUCACAGUCUAUUUGCAGUACAGAUGUGCUACACUCACCCAGGCUUCCCAGGGAGUGGGGUGAGGAGAGCUUAUCUAACACAGGCCUGAGGCUUGUAACCACCGGUGGUUUGCCUAAAAAUGAGGUACUGCAACACAUCCAUUCCCAUAUGGAUUGAGCUGAAGUGCCUGCUUGGAAGGGAGGAUAUAGGCAGUGUUGUCUUCCUAAUACGAUCUUCAGAAUACAGAAACUUGCUAAAAAACAGAACGUGUUUUUACAAGCUAUGGGUUGUUGUUAUUAGUGGGAGUGGGAGAACUUCAUGUAAUCUUUUCAAUUUGCCAUUAAAAGCAACCAAGUCUCUAAACUUCAAACAUGAAGGAAAGUAAUUUUCUUGCCUCAUUUUCUGUCCUCUUGUACUUCUAAUAUCUUGCCCCUGCACAUACUAAAAAAUUAUGUGGCAUGUAUAAUAUUAGCUUGUUGUCACUAGAAAACUAAAUCAAUCUAUUGGAUUAAAAUAAACCUCUCUUCUCAUGCUGCUUCUCUCUAAAUAUUUCUUGCAUAUCUGAAAAAGGGAACAGAAUGGACAGGUGAGCAUCCCUUGAAGAAUGUUAUUUCCCCAGAGCAAAAAGACAAGAAUCCUGUCCUGAAAAAACUCAGAUCUGUCAUAGGGCAUAAGAAUGUUUACUUGAAUCCCUUAACUAUAAUUGCAGUAUGCAGGCAGAAAGAUUUUUCUCUCAGCGGAGAUGCAACGUGCAUAGGAGUUGAUAAACUAAAGCAAACCAAGAUGCUGACUAGUAUGCCUUGACAUGAAUAGGAAUUCAAACCAUGAAGCCGUGUAUAAUGCACUCCAACAAUACAAGCUAAAAUUCAAAAAUGGAGCUUAACUCAAGUGAGAAAAUGAACUAAAAGAAAGGAUUAUCAAGUACUAAAACACAGAUGAUGAACCAACAGGAAUUAGGAGUAAUGAAUCUAAAAGCAUUCCUUGUAUCACAGAACUAUGUGGAAGGACUAGACAGCACCAUUCUCUAUCCUAUUCUAUUUUUCAAGCACGUUAACAUCAUCAGCUAAUAUACUUGUCAUCUGUAUUCUGAGAGCAACACAACCUUCAAACUCCAUGUACUCUGGUACCUGAUAGUAGGGGCUGUGCUGCAACUUCGAAUAAAGCGCUAGCCUUGGACAGAAGAUAGGUAAUCAGAACAACGGCUAUCUUUCAAAGUGGGGAUUUGAGCCUAGAGCUCCUGUACCUCAGACAGCUUGGAACAGUUUGUUAAUAACAACUCAAGGUUUUUCUGGGCUAUUUCAUCUUAACACCUGCAUCCCUACGUUAUCGACAGCUUAUCUGAAGUGAGAUGGAGUGAAACUUACUUUCUGUUGGUUUUCUUCUAUCAUAGUUGUCUUAGAGUAUUUACUGGGUUCUCAGGAUGAUGGACAAAUAUAUUAUUUAGAGAGCCAAGUGGUUUUGAAUGAAGAAUAAGACUGAUUUUUCUACUAAAAAUAGUUAACCCCCCCCCACAUGUUAGAAUACUAACAUGUAUUCUCUAAUACAGAAUUCUAAUCUAGAACUGCUCUAAUAUAGCAACUAGAACUAGAAACUGGUCUUACAGAAACUAGCAGAAAGUAGAGCUUCUUUUCAUAAAAAUACAAUUGUAAUUGCCUAUGAGACGACUCCCCUACAAUGCAAAUUUUCCAGCUUCUCUGUUACGUAUAUAAAAAGAAAGGUAAACCCAGCACAUGAAGAUGACCUUUCCCUGUUUCAUAACCCAAACCACAUAUAUGACUUUUUAAGAUGCUGCACUAGGGGAAAAAGUUCUGCUGGUAGCUUUGGAAAAAUAAAUUAUAAAUAAUGUAAAUAAUGUAAAUAAAAUUAUAAAAAUGCACAAUGGAACAACCCCAGCUCAGAAGUCCAGUAGAUUAUAUAAAUGUAAAAGAUAGUCAAAAAAGCAUGACAAAGAUACACAGAGUUUGUACCCAAUUGAUGCUAAAUUUAUCUUACCUAAAGUUGAUGUCAGAACUGUGCUGUUGCUUUGAAAACCAUUGAAUUUCAGUCCAGCUGGUACAGUAGCUAAAUAAACCUGUAUGUCUGGAACCAAGCCUGGUGUAACUGCAAUAUCCUCUUAUUUAUUGCAUUUAUUUAUAUAACAUAUCAGGUAGAUCCAGGAAUCAUAUCCAAGGCUGCGGGACAGUCAAAUCUACAUCAACAUUGCUUAAAAAGUGUCCAAACUGCAAAGAUUCAGGAAUACUAAUUUCAGUCAGAUACUGCACAGAAUAGCACGCAGGACUUCAGGAGGAGAGUAUGAGAACUAAGGCAGCAUGACUCAAGCUAUGCUGAAGGGCUAAACUACUCUGGACUGUGUGGUUUGGACUCCUGUUCAUGUCCAGGCAUAUUAGCAGACAUACACUGAAUAUAGUCUGCAUGUGAAUGAGGUCCCCACCCCAAUUUUAUCAAAUACAUAACAUCAGCACAACCCUAACGUUAUAUCCAAUGAAUCCCAGCUGUGUUUUUUUUUUGUUAGUUCGUUUGUUUUUUAACUUUCAGAAAUGAGGUCUAUUAUAUUCAUAGGGUUCUUCCAGAGUUGUUUCUAUAAUGGAAUGUAUUACUAUUUCUCCCUUUCCUAUACCAAAACCCUCCCCACAAAAAAAUAAAAAUAAAAAUAAAAAAACCUUUCCCCAGUAAAAUCCUUAAAAAAUCCAUCAAUAUAGCAACUUCACUUUACUCUGUGGUAAUACCAACAUUUCCUAAAUGUUCCUGAUCUCUGGCUAAAACGAUUUAAGACAAAGAAGUUUUGGUUUAUGGAAAUAAUUAGAGAACAAGUAUUUGAGUUGUAUGCAAAACAUGUCAAAGAGACCAAACACUGUAAAAACCAAACAAACAGAUACCAGACAUUGUUUAGAUAAUGUGAUUUGCAUAUCAUAUUGCCUUCCUGUUGCCCUAAUCAAGCUGAAUAAAAAUUAAAUCUUUUUA